UGGUGUCACACUUCUCCACCUUCCCCUUUGCUGCCCGUCAAGCGGCUGGAAGGAGACGCGAGACUAUUGUCGCGGUUUUAACUGACAAAAGAUGGCCUGCGAAGUGUUUUCUUCCGCGUUUAAGAAGAAAUUUGAGACCACAAUCGAGCGCGAGGUACGAAGUGCAUCGCGGGCCGUGUUCAUAAAAUGUUGCGACUACUUGGAUGGCGGAUUGCCUCCGCAAGCUUCGAAACUUCAGGAGAGUCUUGUGAAGACGGAAUCCGAGAUGGAAAACCAUUUCGCGUUGGUCAUCGAGGAGGAAAUGCUGUCAGCGGUAGAGGUGAUCGUGACCGAAUUUACGGAUCACGUCGAGGAAAAAUUCGCGUUUCUUCAGUUCAAAAUGUCGGAGAGAAAUAAAGAGAUUGCAGAUUUGAAACGGCAACUGGGCGACGUGAGCGCGGAGCGGAAAACUCCGUACUCUGCAAGAGAAGUGGCCGCACGGACAGAUAAAGAGGAGGAUGAGUUUCUCUAUGCAGACCCACACAGUGCAUUGGAUCACUUGACAGAGAAUUUUUGUGACGUUAACCAGGAGUCUUCAGGGCUAGUCAUAUCUAGAGUUGAAGGCGGGUUUUGUGGGCCAACUACAGAGCCUAUUGAAGAAGAGAGUGUGCAGCCAGGUACCUCUUCUCAAGGAGAUGAUCAUGAGGAUGUCAAAUCUGUCUAUAUUAGUAAAAGUUCUAGUAGCCAAGCCCACUCUGAAACACCCGAUUCUACUGUGCCAGAGUGCAAUCAAAAGCCAGAGGUGAAAGUGACUGAAGUUCAAUUUGAUUGUGGACGCUCCUGUCUUGUUUUGGAUCAGACACAGAUUCCAUGUAGGUCCCCGGUUUCAGUUUGUGACCCUCUACUGCCAACUUCAGAUAAAGAACACAGCACAUCUUUGUCUGUCCAGUGUGUGAGGGAGAUUCCAGAAGAAGGCUUUGCUGUAGAAGAGGAGAGACAAGACACCAUGCUUACAGAUAACCAACCUCAAUCAGUAGAUCUUCUUGAAGACUCGUCUGAUUUGGAUGAUUAUCCUAAAGGAGAUGCUCGCAAGCAUAGUCGGCAUUCUUUAUCGUUGCCUGGAGAAGCCUGUGCUGAGGACACACCAAAUCGGAAGAAACAGAAGGAAGCAGCAAUAGAAAAUGAAAGCGAGGACAGAUCAAGUGGUGUGCAAGAAGCCGAGUCAUCUCUGCACUGCAGCCCUCAGCCUAUAGUGAAGCUGACAAGAAUCGAUGCUUCUCAGAAAGUUGAGGCUAAUGUGGUUCUGUAUCUCUGCACAAUAUGUGGGAGACAAUUCAAGAAUAAAAUCAUUCUUCAAAUGCACCUGCUGAUUCAUGGUAAGAAGAGGCAAUAUGGUUGUUCUGAAUGUGAAAAAAAAUUUGUGUAUAAAACAUCACUUGAAGUACAUAAAAGGACUCACACUGGGAAGCAUUUAAAUGUCUGUAAUGAGUGUGGAAUGAAAUUCAUCAAGAUAAGUCAUUUACAGAGGCAUCAGAAAAUUCACACUGGAGAGAAACCUUAUAUUUGUGAUGAAUGUGGGAAGCAUUUCAGGGCCAAAGACAACCUAGUGCAGCACCAGAGGACUCAUAUCAGCAAGGUCACCAAACCAUACAAUUGUACUGAAUGCGGGAAGAAGUUCAGUAGGAGAGAUAACCUUUACCUUCACCAAAGAAUUCACACUGGAGACAAGCCGUUUGUUUGUGCUCUGUGUGAUAAAAGGUUCUUGUCGAGCACUCAUCUUUAUUCACACAUAAGAAGUCACACUGGUGCAAAACCAUACUGCUGUCCAGAAUGUGGGAAAACCUUUUCUGGUGUAAGCAACCUGUAUAGACACCAGAUAACCCACAGAGAUGAAAGAGCAAAGCGCUUCAAUUGUAGCGUAUGUGGGAAAGGCUUCAACAGGACUGAUUACCUACGCAGACACGAGAGGAUUCACUCUGGAGAGAAAUUAUUCCCUUGCCCCGAAUGUGACAAGUCAUUUGCACAGAAAAGUAAUCUUGAAUCGCACAGAAGAACUCACACUGGAGAGAAGCCCUUUCCUUGUCCUCAGUGCGGCAGGAGAUUUUCACAGAAAACAAACCUGAAAACACACUAUAAAGUUCAUACUGGCGAAAGAUUUAAGAAAUAUAAAUAAGAAAACCGAGAAGAACCCAAACAUAUGAAACAGAGCAAGAAGGAACACAAACUGAUUUUGACAAAAAACUCUGAGACCAGAACCCACAUCUGCUAAUAGUACUUCAGUCUUAAAAUCCAUUAACUGUUUCAGUGAUGAGUAGAAGCAUGUUAUAAGAGUUCAUCGCUCAAAAAAAUAAUGUGCAAAGAAACAUAAUCGAAAACGAUUUUGGACUUCCUCACUUGAAGAUAUCGUGGGGAAAAACCCGUAAAUAGCAAUUUGUCUUCAAGUAUUCUGUGACGUGUAAUUUGCUGUCUUGGCUAAACCAGCUAAGUUGUGCUCAGACUGAGUAAACUAAAAAGCUUGUGCUAUCAGCAGGACAGAACUCUCAUUAUAAGGUAAACGCUGCCUGAAAAAGCUGUGCUGAGAAAUCAGCUCAAUAAUGCACAUCCUUCAAAGACUUUGUGCUCCUGCGUCUUGGAACUGCCUUGAUUUCUGUUGUCCUGUUCACAGUUUUAAAAAGGAAAGAAAACUUUGGAGGUUAACCCUAAUCCCUCCAACGGGACUUGGAGUCUCUUUCUUUCAAAGUAUAUUUUAAAACUGAUGGACUUUAGGGAUGCAUCCAGAAUCCCCCAAAAUGACACCGUGGUACCAGCAUGAGCAGCAUCACAGAACUUUAACUUGCAGUCAUUGCCAAACUGGAAUGCAGUAGUCCAUGACUGAUAUUGGGGUGGACACAUGAAAGCAGUAUGACACAAAACUGAUGGCUCAAUAGUUGAGCACUUACGAAAUAAAGUGCUUAAAGUGCACUUUUAAAACAGGUUCUUUUUAUAUACAGGCAGUAUUUGGCUGGCUCGCUGCACUUGCUGGAUGUAAAUAUGAUUGUGCAUCAAAGCCCCCUACACAAAGAAAUGCUUUUCCUACUUUGUUGAAAUUUUGAUUUUUGGGCUCAAUACAUAACAAGAAGUUCAUAAAAGAAUUGUUUAGAAUUUUAAAUAAUAAAAUAUGUUGAUGUGACU